UGGAGGUGCGGGAAGAAUCCGCCGUCACAUCCCCACAGGAGCCUCUCGUAGGCUUUUUUUUUUUUGCCUGUACUGACGUCCUGGUUCUUCUUCCAUCAUCUUUCUUUGCUGCUCAGGUCGUUUCUAUUAUUUGGAGGGGAGAAGCUGUGUUUUGAGCAAGCGUUUGCCCAUCAUUCUCACCCAGCCCCAUGAAUGGUUAGGGCUAUUGAAAGGCUCGUAAAGAUGUGGCCCGAUAACUUUUAUGUGAGUAGUCAGUCCAGAGAAAUCCUUCAAUGUCCACUAAGAAAUCCAGUUGAUUUGUUUCACUCUGAGACUAUUGUGAAAAUAUGUGCUCCUAUGGUUAGAUAUUCAAAAUUGCCUUUCAGAACGUUAGUCCGGAAAUACGACUGUGAUUUAUGCUACACUCCAAUGAUUGUUGCAGCCGAUUUUGUCAGAUCUGUAAAAGCUAGACACAGUGAAUUUACUACAAACCAAGGUGAUCGCCCUCUGAUUGUUCAGUUUGCCGCUAAAGAUGCACAUGUUCUAGCCGAUGCUGCUUGUAUCAUCAGUCCUUUUGCCGAUGGCGUAGAUGUAAAUUGUGGCUGUCCACAGAGGUGGGCUAUGGCAGAAGGUUUUGGUGCUUGCUUAAUAAACAAACCAGAACUGGUGCAAGAGAUGGUGAGGCUGGUAAGAAAUCAAGUGGAAAACCCCAUGUUUUCAGUAUCUAUUAAGAUAAGGAUUCAUGAUGACCUAAAGAGAACUGUAGACCUGUGUCAAAAAGCGGAAGCAGCCGGAGUAUCCUGGAUUACAGUCCAUGGGAGAAAUGUAGAAGAAAGACACCAGCCAGUACACUAUGAUGCAAUUAAAAUAAUUAAACAAAGUAUGUCUAUACCGGUUAUAGCUAAUGGUGACAUUAAAUCUUUAAAAGAUGUGAAGGACGUUCAUCAAAAAACAGGAACAGAUGGUAAGAACAACUUAUCCCUCACAGAUAAGAUGACUUUUCAGUGGACAGCUGUUGCAGCCUUUCUCUAUGCCGAAAUAGCAAUAUUACUCUUGCUCUGCCUCCCGAUUAUUUCUCCUCUGAGAUGGGAGAAGGUUUUUAUGAUCUCUGUGUGGAGCAGAAUUAAAAACUAUUGGAACAAGGGGUUCCUUACAAUUAUAGUUCUGUUAAUUGUUUUAUUUCUGGAUGCUGUAAGAGAGGUGAGGAAAUACUCAAAUGUUAACUUAAGUGAUAAAAGUGCACAUACAAGUGCCAAUGCAUUGGAUCACAUUCAAAUGAAACUUUUUCGGUCACAACGAAAUCUUUAUAUCUCAGGAUUCUCUCUAUUUCUUUGGCUUGUACUGAGACGUACCAUUUCCCUUAUAACGUCAUUGGCAAAAAAGAUGGGAGACCAGAAAGCUCUAGAAAUGGAAGUAGAAAAUAUCAACAAAGUUGCCAAGAAGUGCUUGGAAGAGAAUGAAAAACUUCAAUCAAUGAAAGCUAAAUGUGACAUGGGAGAAGUGUCCGAUGAAGAGCUACAGGAAGAAGUGAAAAAGCUGAAAGACGAAUUAAAGAAAACUUCACAUGCUCUCAGCAAGGCCAAAGAUGAUUUUUCUACAACUCAGAAGCGGUGUGAAGGCCUUAGAAAAGAAUAUGACCAACUUACAAAAGAAUACAACAGAAUGCAGUGUUCUUCAGGUGGAAAACAUGAUAAGAAAGGCCAGUAAAUGCAGCACAAGGACAUCAUUAAUACACGUGCAUCAACAUGAAUCGUCUCUUGUUCCCGUCUUUACUCUCCUAAGCUUUGUAAAAACAAGGUCUAUUUUCUUUAAAGGGAAAUGCUCUGCGUUCGUAGCUAAAACGCUAGGUUGCCAAACAUAUUUUAUUUUGCAAUGGAAAUAGUGGCUAGGAUCCAAAGACCUACUUUACUUGUGUCAAAGGCGCAGUGGAAGUUUUGCUUUGAUUUUUGUUCUUGUUCUUAUUUGAAUGGCAGAUUCCCAUGGCAUGUCACACAAACUCCAUUAAGCUGCAAAAGAGAUUUGCCAUGUCUCAUGGAGGGCCGUUGUUCAAGAAAUACAAGUCCAUACCUCCUUUGAGCACACAGCUUUAUUUGUGCGGUUAUUUGGAUGCAGACCAGUAAGUGGUGUGCUGUCAGUGUACUGUGAAGAAUCUUUUUAAGCCUAUAAGGAAAAUGUAAAGCAGUUUAGAAUGGAAAUUUCCAUUAACCACUGUUCAGCUUCUAUCCACUGUUUUACACUGAAACUGAAAAAGGUAGGGGAUUGUACAACCGCCAGCUAUAGUAAUGUAGAAGAGGAUUUUUAAACUACAUCAAACCUUGAUGCUAGAAGAAUAAGCAUAGUGAAACAUUCUACAUCCAGUUAACUUGACAAACAGUAAAAAGCAUUAAAAUAAAUUUUAAAGGACUUCACAUUUAAUUGCAUAGUUAUUUAUAGUUGAGAGUUUCUUCUUUCCCCAUCUUUAGAUUUUUACUAUAGUAUACUUUACUUCAUGUAUUCAAGAAUUUGAAUAUGUUGUAUUUUCUUUCUGCAGUGGGCGAUACCCCUGAAAAACACAUAUAUGUAACUUACAAAACAGGCUUUUUAUGGUGAUUAGUUAUUUGUGACAUGGUUUCUUUCUUAAAACCUUCAUUAUCUGCAACUGAAAGGUUUUAUUUUUAUUUUUUUACAUUGGUUCCAGUAUGCUGCUUGGAUGUUGAUUUGUUAAUAAAAGAGAUUGUUUAAGCUUG